GGCUCGGUUGGGCCGCCCCGGCCUCCGAAGCCUGAGUUUCUCUUUGUGGCCAGAUGGGUUUGUAUGGACAAUCCUGUCCAUUUGUAACUUCAUCAAGAAUACAAGUCAGGAGUGAGUUGGAGAUAAGAACAAAGAACUUAGCAGGAAAGAGAAGAAUAAAAAAGAUGACAUCUGAACUGGAGAGCAGCCUCACAUCUAUGGACUGGUUACCACAGCUCACCAUGAGGGCAGCCAUCCAAAAAUCUGAUGCUACACAAAAUGUACAUGGAACAGGUAUUUCAAAGAAGAAUGCACUUCUGGACCCAAAUACAACACUGGACCAGGAGGAGGUUCAGCAGCACAAAGACGGGAAACCACCAUAUAGUUAUGCCAGCCUCAUAACAUUUGCCAUUAAUAGCUCACCCAAAAAGAAAAUGACUCUCAGUGAGAUUUAUCAGUGGAUUUGUGAUAACUUCCCAUAUUAUAGAGAAGCUGGCAGUGGUUGGAAGAAUUCCAUAAGACACAACCUAUCUCUGAACAAGUGUUUUCUUAAAGUGCCUCGAUCCAAGGAUGACCCUGGAAAGGGUUCUUAUUGGGCAAUAGACAACAACCCUAAGGAAGACACACUGCCUUCACGGCCAAAGAAGAGGGCAAGAUCUGUAGAACGGGCCUCAACUCCAUAUAGCAUAGAUUCAGAUUCUUUGGGAAUGGAGUGUAUUAUUUCGGGAAGUGCCUCUCCAACUCUGGCAAUCAACACUGUGACUAACAAAGUAACUUUAUAUAAUCCUGAUCAGGAUGGCAGUGACAGUCCACGCAGUAGCCUUAACAACAGUCUCUCGGACCAGAGUUUGGCAUCUGUUAAUUUGAACAGCGUUGGAAGUGUGCACAGCUAUACACCAGUGACAAACCAUCCAGAACCAGUCUCUCAGUCACUAACUCCUCAGCAGCAGCCACAGUACAGCAUCCCAGAACGAGACAAACAACUACUUUUCUCAGAAUAUAAUUUUGAAGAUCUUAGUGCCUCAUUUCGAAGCCUUUAUAAGUCAGUUUUUGAGCAGUCACUUAGCCAACAAGGUUUGAUGAGCAUCCCUUCUGAAUCAUCCCAGCCACCCCACACUUCAUGUUCCUAUCAGCACUCUCCCAGCAGCACUGUGAGCUCUCACCAACACAGUGGCCAAAGUAGCUUAUCGAACAGCCACGGCAGUGGUCUAGGCCCCACUGCCAAUAAUUCUGUGGCACAAGUUUCAUUGUCUCACCCCCAGAUGCACACACAACCAUCUCCACAUCCUCCCCAUCGACCGCAUGGCUUAUCACAGCAUCCACAACGUCCUCAGCAUCCAGCACCACACCCACAACAACACAGCCAGCUGCAGUCUCCACACCCCCAGCAUCCGUCUCCACAUCAACACAUACAGCAUCAUCCGAAUCAUCAGCAUCAGUCGUUAGCACACCAGACACAUCCACCCCCACAGCAGGUAUCCUGUAAUUCUGGUGUUUCUACUGAUUGGUAUGCAACACUGGAUAUGCUGAAAGAAAGCUGUCGGAUCGCUAGCAGUGUUAAUUGGUCAGAUGUGGAUCUUUCACAAUUCCAAGGUUUGAUGGAGAGUAUGAGACAGGCUGAUCUCAAGAACUGGUCUUUAGAUCAGGUCCAAUUUGCAGAUCUCUGUUCUUCUCUUAAUCAAUUCUUUACCCAAACUGGUCUUAUUCAUUCACAGAGUAAUGUUCAGCAAAGUGUUUGUCAUAAUGCCAUGCACCCAACAAAACCUUCCCAACACAUUGGAACAGGAAACUUGUACAUAGAUUCCAGGCAAAACCUCCCUCCUUCAGUGAUGCCCCCCCCUGGUUAUCCUCACAUCCCACAGUCACUUAGCACUCCAGGAUCAACAAUUGCAGGACAUCAUGGAGCAAUGAGCCAGCAGCAUAUGAUGCCUUCUUCAGCCUUCCAGAUGCGACGCCCUCUGCCACCAGAUGACAUCCAGGAUGACUUUGAUUGGGAUUCCAUUGUUUAGGACUAUGGAGGGCAUUAGAACUCUGACCUUG